AUGCCGGCUGAACGCUUUUCAAGAUAUGUAACGGCUUACCGUAUUUAUGAAGUGACUUUGUAUAAGGGUAGCCUACACCAGAAAUCUCAAACUACCUCAAAGCAUGCGGCGCCGACCCACAGAACCCUCGCAGAAAGUCGUCAACGCUUGGUAGCCACGGAACAGAUUACUGGAAAUGUGGUCAAAGGAGCCAAGGUGGAACGGGACAUGUAA